AUGUAUGGCUACGAUGCCGGCGUCCUAGGUGGCGUACUACUUCACCAGCCAUUCUUAGACGCCAUCGGCAACCCAAGAGCAACAUAUACCAUACCCAUGAUUGUGGCCUCGUACGAUCUAGCAGCAGCGGUCACUGCUGUUGUUAUUGCUUUCUUCUCCUUCCGGAUGGGUCGUCGUGGUACUGUCAUCCUUGGUAACCUCGUUGCGAUUUUGGGCUCGGUUAUCCAAGCAUCUGCAUACAGUGUUGCACAGCUGAUUGUAGGACGGCUAUGCACUGGCUUCGCUAUCGGUUGCAUAUCCAGUGCCGUACCUACAUAUCUGUCUGAGACUGGUGUAGAGAUUGGAGAUCGUGGUCCAGCUAAUGCUUUCAAUGCCAUCUUACUCAUCUCUGGUGUCCCGUUGGCAUAUUGGAUUGACUAUGGCUUCAUCAUGAUGGACAAUCAAGCAAGCUGGCGUGUUCCCAUCAUAUUCCAAUGCAUCUUCGCCAUCAUCUCAGGUGGUACCAUGUUCUUCCUCCCCGACACACCUCGAUGGUACUAUGCAGUCAAUCGAUGGGAGGAAGGCGAUGCCACCCUAGCACAACUCAACGAUGCCGACGUGUCGUCCGAGAAGGUCCAGCGAACGAGACAAGAGAUUCUGGCAUCGAUUGAAGCAGAACUCGAGGCCAAUGCCAGCUUGAAUUGGAAGCCGUUCUUGACCAUGGGGAUUGUUGACAAGACACGACUUAAGAUCAUUCGGCGUUUGAGUAUGUGUUUCUGGUUACCGAUGAUUAGAGAGUGGAUGGGGUCGUCUUUGUUGGCGUACUACAGCAGCGUCAUCCUCGCCACCGUUGCCAAACCAUCUCUCGUCUCGCUUCUAUCAGGAGUCCUCAACAUCUUCUACGCCCUCGGUUGCGUGCCACUGUACUUCACAGUCGAGCGAGUCGGCCGGCGCUCUGUGCUGCUAUACGGUGCUAUUGCGAUGACCGUCCUGAUCAGUAUCUUCACUGCACUUGCCGCUACCGGACCAGAGCACCCAGCAAUCCAAUGGACCGCAAUCGGUAUCUUGUUCAUCUUCUUGUUUGUCUUCGGCUAUGCGUGGCAAGGAUGCGUAUGGCUUUACUGCUCUGAGAUUGCGCCACUCGAGUAUCGACAUAUCGGCGCUGCAGCAACAGCGUCUGGGGAGUGGCUGAUGACCUUCAUCACAGUGUUUGCAGGUCCCAUUGGGUUUGCACAGAUUGGUUGGUACUUCUGGCUUUGGGUAAUCUCUGGCAAUGUUGUAGCUGUGAUUUUCGUCUACCUACUAUGUCCCGAGACUGGAGGCAAAACUCUCGAACAAGUCGACUACCUCUUCGUUCGCAAGGGCUUACCAGGGCUACGCAAGGACUUCGACGUGACUGAGGAAGACAUGGAGGACGCUUUCGAGGGCAAGGAGAAGGUCGGUGUUCAGCAUCACGAGUAG